CACAGCUUUCUCUCUGACAGUAAGGACUCUCCGCUCCACGCGAUGGACGCUGACGUUGUCGAAGUGAUCGGACGUUUCGGGAUUUAUCACGGACUCCUUCUCGCAUUAGCAUGCAUCCGAGCCUUCCCCGCCGCGUGGACGAACAUGAUGUCGCCGCUGAUGGCGGCCGAUGUCGCUCAUUGGUGCGCCGCUCCCGACGGUUCGCUCAACGAGACAUGGUGGAAGGAAAACGGAAUCCCCAGAGGGCCAUCGGGUGAUCUCGAGGAAUGCAGCAUGUUUCGGUGGACCCUGGAUGGAGGAAUCGAGCGGAACUCGACCUCGGAAUGCACCAACGGCUGGGUGUACGAUAAGAGCAAAUUCGGAGAAACAGUGACUUCAGAGUGGAAUCUCGUCUGUGGUGAUGCCUGGAAACGGUCGCUGAUGCAGAGUAUAAUAAUGGCCGGCGCGUUCGCCGGCGUUCUAACGUUCGGCAAACUGUCCGACACUUUCGGAAGGAAGAGAGCUUUCCACCUCGGCUUGCUUCUUCUGAUAAUAUCGGGUAUAGCUGCGACAUUCUCCGGGAGUUUCAUGAUUUUCAACGCUCUCCGCUUCAUUCAAGCGACGUGCGCUACCGGCGUGACCACCGCGCUGGUGACUAUGUUCAUAGAGAUCAUGCCGGGAAAGGACCGAAUCUACAUGAAUGUCGGUUUCGGAAUGGGUUAUGCGGUGCCCGUAUUGUUCAUCCCUGUGCUCUCGUACUACCUCCUGAAUUUCCGGUACAUGCAACUAGCGAUCGGUCUGUCUGGCUUUUUGCUCGUUCCAUUUGUGCCUUUUGUGUACGAAUCACCCAAAUGGCUGCUCGCCAAGCAACGCGUGAAUUCCGCUGAGACAGUCAUAACUCGAAUUAUCGACAUGAACAAGCGACCGAUGCCGAACAUGGACUCCGUCAUGGUUCGAUUGGCACGACUUGCUGAGAGUGAGAGCGCGCAACGAAGUAAAGACCUGGGUUUUGUCGAUUUCCUCAGAGUACCGAUAUUGAGGCGGACCGCGACGCUCCUCGCUGUCAUGUGGUGCACGAAUUCCCUCAGGUCAUACUAUUUAGCACUAAACGCACACCGACUGCCGGGAAACCCGCACGUAAAUUUCGCUAUUUCGACGUUUUCCGAAUUUCCCGCCGGCAUCGUAGGGAUGUAUCUGCUCCGUAAGUGUCCCCGGAGAGUUACGCAAGCCGCCAGCACGAUUCUGGCUGGCGCACUUUUCGCGAUGGUUUUCCUUGCCCGUGACAGCAGUGAGCUUCUUAAAGUGUGGGGAAGUAUGGUCGUUCGAGUUUUCAUGACCUUGUUCAACUACAUUCAAUGGGUUCAAGUCCAUGAAGUAUAUCCGACCGCAGCGAGAGGUGCGGGUUUCGCAUUGGCGAUGAUGGCUUCGCGGGUAGGGGCGGGGCUAGCUCCCUUCUUGAAGGAUCUUGGAGAUUUGACUGAUCGUAACGUCCCUCUCAUUCUGUUUUUGGUUUGUUCGACGCUUGAUCUAUGCUUAGUAUACCUCCUACCGGAAACUUUGAAUAAACGAUUGCCUGAUACGAUUGAAGAUGCAGAGAAUUUGCUCAAACAGACCCGAGAUCCGAGGGUCAGAGUUCCUACCGAAGAUCACAACGAGAUGCUCGCGACUGGUGAUGUGAAAAAAAUCGAUGGAUAA